AUGCUGCGGGGAACCGGCCGAUGUCUCUUUUCAACCUUCGCGAUGAACCCCGAGACCGCCACCGCCCCGCACGGCCCGCCGCGUGGUCUCAUCAACCGUUAUGUUUCCAUGGGACUUCCACCGUGGGCUGCGUGGUGUAAUAAAGUCAACCGCUACUCCAUCUACCGCAUGAGUGGAGUCGCUCCACGUACUUUUCUGCCUAAACCUGCACAAGAAAUGGAUGUGAUUUGGUUAAAUGAGCGAGUGCGGGAGAGGGUGCGGACUUCACGCGAGGUACAGAAUGUCUACCGUCAACUGAAGUAUCCAUAUGUGAAGACAGGUAUUCACUAUAGUGAUGUGUUGAACCACUGGGUACAACUCCCAAUGGUGGAGGCGGCCAUGUUUGAAAUUGAGAAGGAUGGUGGCUUUGAUAAUUUUAUUUUAAAGCGCUCUGGACCUGAAUUACGCUCUACCUACGGUGAACGCAUUCGUCGACACAUUUUAGUGCGUCAGAAGGAAAUUCAGAAGAAUUUUGUUUUGGAUCAACAGGCGAAGAAACUUGCAGAUGUCAUUCGUGAAGAAAUACUCCCUUUAAAAGAUGAGAAGGCAGCAGAAAAAGUGUUGGAAAAGUAUGGAAUUGAAAAGGAGCAGUUUCUACGGGAAAUGGCACGUAUCAUUGUGGAGCAGAGGAGAAGCUCAAGUGCACUGGCAGUAACAGCAGAAGCCUCACCUUGA